GUCCACGAUCACCAACUGGUUUUAUUUAUACGAUGGCCACCUCAGUACGACCUUUGGCUGUGGCCAGCAGAGUCAUUGUCAGCAGCAAUACUCGGAUUGGCACAUCGUCAAUAUGUUGCGGAAUCCGACGACAGCGCAGACGAGCGUUCCAGACGGCGACGACGCCCGCGAACAAGAUUCCUGAUCAUGCAUUCGCAUUCGACAUCGACGGCGUCCUCUUGCGAUCUUCCACACCUAUCCCUGGCGCAACCAAAGCCCUUCGAUUUCUACAAGAGCAGCGCGUACCUUUCAUACUACUUACAAAUGGAGGGGGCAAAAGCGAAGAAGAGAGAGUAGCGGACCUACAAGACAAGCUAGACGUGCCAUUGGACACGAGUUUAUUCGUGCAGAGUCAUACACCCUUCGCAGACUAUACACAAUAUCAUGACAAGACCGUUCUGGUCGUAGGAGGAAACUACGACAAAUGUCAGCGCGUGGCGCAAGGCUAUGGUUUCAAAAAUGUAGUCACGCCAGGAGAUAUUAUCACAGCCAACCCGGAACUAUGGCCGUUCACUCAUGUCUUCCGAGACUAUUACUCCUCUUUCGCCAAACCUCUCCCACAACCCAUUAUCACCGAUCCCUCAGCUACUCCCGUACUUGGCCAAAACCUCAAAAUCGACGCCAUCUUUGUCUACUCUGAUCCCCGCGACUGGGGUCUCGAUUCAGCCAUCAUCCUCGACACUCUUCUCUCCCAUCAAGGCUACAUCGGUACCCUUUCACCCAAGAAUGGCGAUGAAUCUCUUCCCAACAACGGCUACCAACAAGAUGGCCAACCGCCUCUGUAUUACAGCAAUCCAGACCUCUGGUGGGCCUCAUCCUACCACCUCCCACGGCUAGGACAAGGUGGUUUCCGUAACGCUUUCGCCGGUCUCUGGGCCGCGACAACUCACAACUCGACUCUCACCCAAAGCGUCUUCGGCAAGCCUUCGCAGGAAACGUACGAGUUCGCCGAAACACGAUUACGUGCACACCGGAAAUCUCUCUACGGGAACAACGUCGUCGGAUUAAACGAUCCUCUGCGAAGGGUGUAUAUGGUAGGCGACAACCCGGCGAGCGAUAUCGCCGGCGCAAACGGGUACAAGAGUCCCUUUGGUUCACGAUGGACGAGUGUUCUGGUCAAGACGGGCGUUUGGCAGGUCGGCGCGGAGAUGGAGAGCCGGCCGGAUGUGGUGAAAGAGGACGUGUAUGAUGCGGUCAUGUGGGCGAUGGAGGAUGCCGGCAGGCAAAAGGGGAUGAUAUAUUGAUCUCGUUUCUGUCAGAGAUGAUGAAACGAACCCUUACUUCCUACAAGCGGGUUUAUGACGAUAAUAGAACAAAAGCGAACUUCUUUCAUUUUGAUUUCAUAUUUUCUUUACAUUAUGCCAUGUAAUCUUUCCACCUG